AUUUUUGCUUGGCUAUUUAUGGACGUAUUCAAUGGCCACAUAAUUGUUCAUUAAGUCCCAAAUAAAUCAAGAAACAAUGGGUGUUCUUCGGUUGUUGUUUUACUUCACCCUACUGGUAUGGCCAUCACUGCAAGAAGAAGAAGGCAAGUGUGUUGAAAAAUGUGGGAAUGUUACUAUUCCUUUCCCAUUUGGAAUAAAACCCGAAUGCUAUACCGAUCCCUCGUUCCAAGUAACCUGCGAAAAUGGAGAAAAGCCUUACAUCAGCCGUAUCAAUAUGGAGAUACUCGGUUCGUUUACGUCACGAGACGUGAUCGUCAAUAACCCGGUUAUUUAUUCCAAUUGUCCGAGUAAAGGUGACAACGGAAGCGGCGAUGUGGACUUAACAGACAGUCCGUUUUUCUUCUCAGGAAAUAACUUGUUCGGUUCAAUAGGUUGCGGUCAUUCGGCCACCGUUUUUAGUAAUAGAACUGACCCCAUCGGUGGCUGCCUGCAACCGAGAUGUGGCGACGUGACUGAAUUUCAGGGCUGUUAUGCCACAGUUUCUGAAAAUUUAACUUCUUAUACUGCAAAAAUGAGCCCAUUUACUAAUGAAAGCAACGGCAGGAAUGCCUGCACAUCUGCUUUUAUGUUCUACGUCGGUAAUUUCGGACAUUUCACAUUUCCUCGUGACAUAAACAUCGAUUCGACGCAUGUUCCUGCAACUCUGGAGUGGAAAACCUUCGAUCCCAAAUUGAAAGUUCCUCUUCGGAAAUCUGGUUGUACAGAAAAAUGUGGGAAUAUUGAUAUGUUAUACCCAUUUGGAAUAGAAGACAGGUGUUACAUGAAUGAUGCGUUCAGAGUAAGUUGUGAAGAAACCAUUGAUGGAUUAAAGCCUUUCAUUAGUAGCAUCAAUCUGGAAUUGGUCGCUGUUAAAUUUUCCGAAGGAAGAGUCAUCAUCAACAAUUCAAUAACUUAUUCUAACUGCAAUAAUCAUCAAGACGACCGUAAAAAAGGAGUUAGUGUCAACCUAGCUAACACGCCUUUCUACUUCUCAGAUAUCUUCAACGGAUUUGGGUCGGUAGGAUGUGGCAAUUUCGCUACAAUAUAUCACAAUCAAACCGAUGAUCCUAUUGGUGGUUGCUUGCAACCCAGUUGCAACAGCAAUGCUAAUUUAAGUACCAAUGAUAUAUGCAUCACGUCAAUUCCACCACGUCUUGACAUCUUUGCCGCAAGCUUGACAAAGAAGUAUCGUAGUUACGAUGGCAACCGAUCAUGCGGAUCGGCUUUUGUGUUCGAUAUGGAUUCGUUGGAUAAUGAUGGAUUAUUAACCGUCCCACACACCAAAAGGCAUGUCGCUACAUCAUUACAAUGGGGCAAACCAUUGCCUGCGCCUUGCAAGUUGAAAGACGGUCAAAAGACCUUUUGUAACUCGGAAGGACAUUAUUGUUGGUCAUGGUUGAGCCGUGAACUUUUAUGCGUUUGCAGCGAGAGUGAGUAUUCCAGCGCAUAUUCAGUUGACAUCUUGUGCCUAUCUAUAGGUUGCAGCACUAGUAUUGGGACUAUAUUUGCUUUGCUCUGUAUAUGGCGUUUGUUCAAAGCACUCGAAAGAAGAAACGAUAUCAAGUUGAAGCAGAAAUACUUCAAGAGGAAUGGAGGAUUACUGUUGCAACAGCAAUUGUCCAGCAACGAAGGUAAUGUUGAGAAAAUAAAGUUGUUUUCUUCCAAGGAGUUGGAAAAGGCAACAGAUUACUACAAUGAGAAUCGAAUUCUCGGUCGAGGCGGUCAAGGAAUUGUUUAUAAAGGAAUGUUGACGGAUGGAAGCAUUGUGGCAAUUAAAAGGUCCAAGUUGGUGGAAAAGAAGGUAUUAGAAGAAAUGAAGCUUGAACAAUUCAUCAAUGAGGUGAUAAUUUUAUCACAAAUCAACCAUAGAAACGUGGUUAAACUGUUAGGUUGUUGCUUAGAGACAAAUGUUCCUUUGUUGGUGUACGAGUUCAUCCCAAAUGGAACACUAUCUGAUCUCAUACACAAGCCAAACGAAGAGUUCCCAUUGACAUGGGAAAUGCGAUUACGAAUCUCAACUGAAAUCGCGAAUGCUUUGUUUUACUUGCAUUCAGCUGCUUCUGUCCCGAUUUAUCAUCGAGACAUCAAAUCUAGCAACAUACUUUUGGACGAUAAAUACAGAGCAAAAGUAUCGGAUUUCGGAAUUUCAAGAUCAGUUGCAAUCGAGCAAACUCAUGUGACCACUCGAGUUCAUGGAACUUUGGGAUACUUGGAUCCCGAAUAUUUCCGAUCAAAUCAAUACACAGAGAAGAGCGAUGUAUACAGUUUUGGAGUUGUUCUUGUUGAACUUUUAACAGGACAAAAACCCAUCUCUUCGAGUCAAUCGGAAGAACAAAGAGGAAGCUUAGUAACAUUUUUCUUGCAUUCAAUGAAGGAGAAUUCUUUAUUUGAUAUACUUGAUCCACAAGUAAUGAAUGAAGGUCCCAGAGAAGAGGUUAUAGCAGUUUCAUGGCUGGCAAAAAGAUGCUUGAACAUCAACAGAAACAAAAGACCGACAAUGAAACAAGUUGCAAUGGAACUGGAACGGAUUCGAACAUCAGAUGAAACCAAUGUUCUUCAAGAACAAAGUGACGAUGAAGAAGAUUAUGAAAUAAAUGACGACGUGACAGAUCCUUGGGGUAUUUCUUCUUGUUCAACAAUGGUAAUUAUAGACAAUAUAUAAACCCUUUUUUCAUCAUUUAGUCAAUUAUCUUGGCCUGGUUUGUUCAUAUGUUGUACAGCUUUGUUUUACUCAAUUCGAUAUUGAAUAAUCGC